UUCAUUGCUGGUGUUGGGGCGAGAGGACUGUAUUGGUGUACGACCGAGGUGUUCCUUAGUUGGCUGUGCUGCUAUCGAAGUCUCAAGAUCCUACCGACUCCUCGGCAUCUCGAACCACCAUGGCCACACAGGAUGUAUCGCCAACACUCCAGCUCCUCGAGAAGUCGGAGAAAAUCUCCCAAGGAGCAGAAGCCAAAAUCUACAGGGCGCAGCUUCAUCCUACGCCAUUCACAUCCGAGUCCAAUUCCGAUGGGGAAAAUGUGCUCCUAAAGUAUCGCUUCCACAAGCAAUACAGGCAUCCGACGCUCGACGCGUCGUUAACAAAGUCGCGUGUAGCCGGGGAGGCGCGGGCUAUCAUCAAGUGUCUACGGUCAGGAGUGAACGUUCCAGGUAUACGGAUGGUCGACGCGGCCGAAGGUGUCCUCGGGAUCGAGUGGAUCGAGGGCAAGAGUGUACGGUUCCUUCUUGGGGGCGGCGCUGAAUACGAGGGAGAGAUCGUCGAGGAUGCCGACGCACCCGAAGAUGAAGACGAAGUCACAGAAGUGGAAGAGGAAGACCUCCUAAAGGAGUACGGGGUCUCAGCAGACGUCGUAAUGGAGAUGAUCGGGACAGAACUCGCGAAGAUGCACCAGGCGGACAUCGUCCACGGAGACCUCACGACGUCCAAUAUGAUGCUCCGACAUCCUGCAUCGCCGAAAGGGCUCCAGCUGGUGCUUAUUGACUUCGGACUCGCAUACAUAUCGACCCUUGUCGAGGACAAAGCUGUCGACCUCUACGUCCUGGAACGUGCUUUCUCGUCCACCCACCCAGCAUCUGAGGGCCUCUUUGCUGGGGUAUUAAAGGCUUACGAGAAGAAGAUGGGCAAGGACUGGGCAGCCAUCUUGCGCAGAUUGGAGGACGUACGACUCCGCGGGAGAAAGAGGAGUAUGGUUGGCUAACGUACAUAGACUGUAUGUACGGAAACGACAAGAGCAGACAAGGAUAACUACAUGUAACAUCAGAGAGCGCCCGUAGCGCCGACGACGAGGUGCAUCGGUACGGGAAGGACCUGCGAUAGAAGCAAGUCGUCAGUCACGAAGAAC